UGUAUGUCUACGUAGCUACCGCUUGUUGCUGUUAAAUACGUUUGGGUUUUCAGGGGCGACAGCAUAUUAUGUUCAUGGUCACGUCAUCAGGAAGUGAGUAGCUCAAAAUGAUGAGACUGGAUUCCAACGAGGAUGACGUAUCGCUGUUUGACGCCGAAGAUGAUGACGUCAGAAAGUCGAGGAAGUCCAAAAUCAAGCACCCUCUGGCCAGCUUCUUCCACCUGUUCUUCCGGGUCAGCGCCAUCCUGGUCUACCUGCUGUGUGAGCUGCUGAGCAGCAGCUUCAUCGCCUGCAUGGUCACCAUCAUCCUCCUCCUCUCCUGCGACUUCUGGACGGUGAAGAACAUCACAGGCCGGCUGAUGGUGGGUCUGAGGUGGUGGAACCAGGUGGACAAUGACGGCAAGAGCCAAUGGAUGUUUGAGUCCCGAAAGGGAACGGGGAAGAACCCCCCCUCAGACUCGGAGUCACGGCUCUUCUGGCUGGGUCUGAUCAUCUGUCCCGUUAUCUGGGUGAUCUUCGCCUUCAGUUCCCUCUUCUCCUUCAAGAUCAAGUGGCUGGCGGUGGUGAUUAUGGGUGUGGUUCUACAAGGGGCAAACCUGUACGGUUACGUCCGCUGCAAGGUGGGCAGCAGGACCAGCCUGAAGAACAUGGCCACCAACUACCUCGGCCGGCAGUUCUUUAAGCAGGCGAUGACAAAGCAAGAGGAAUCCUAGUGAGUCCUCCUCCUGAGCCGUUUUCAUUAGCUCCAAUGAUAAACGCUUUUUCUUACAAACUCACUUUGUAAAAAAACAUAAUAAAUCUUCUACUAAAAGGAUUGACUAAUUUGUAAGGAUUAUUGUACUUGCGGAACUGUAAAUCCAGGUGUGGAGGAACCCCAUGGAGGAUAUUUAUUUGCUGUUGGUGCUGGGUUUUUAUUCUCAGUAGUGUAUUUAUAUAUAAACCUCCACCAUGCACUUUUCCUGCUUUUGUUUGGAUUUGCUUCUGUUAUUUAGAAUAUUUACACUUCAUGGAGAAAAUAGCGUUAUUUCAGCCGUGUGUCACGCCAGCAACGUCUUUGUACAUGUCUG